AAAAUGAACUCUGAUUGACCAAUUGUUGGUAUGCUGCCAGCACUGGUUUCCAACUCAGAUCGAGUUUUUGAUUUUUUCACCCAUCUUCUUAUUUUCAAUGGGGGAACUUUCAAGUUCAGGGGACCUUGGUUUCCUAGCUUGGACUUCGUUCUCACUAGCGACCCCAUGAAUGUGAACCGCAUCUUGUGCAGAAACUAUGAUAACUAUGAGAAAGGUGCAGAGUUCAGGGAGAUUUUCGAGCCAUUCGGAGAAGGAAUUGUCACUUCGGAUUCACAUGUAUGGAGAAACCAAAGGAGGGUAUUGCAAUCAUUCACCAAGAAUAACAAGAAGUAGGCACUGUAUUGGGAUCGAAUUUUCUGGCAAAAGCUGGAGAAAGGUCUGAUCCCGGUCCUGGAACAUGUGAUGAAGCUCGGAACUGAAGUAGACCUUGAAAAUCUGCUGCAGCGGUUCGACUAUGACCACAUAUGCGCGUUGUUGGCAAUAGGCUUUGACCCCAAAACACUCACUGUUGAAUUCCCAAAUGUUCCUAGCAAAGUGGCGUUUGAUGAAGUAGAGGAGGCUUUGCUCUACAGGAAUAUAGUGCCUAGAGUCGUCUGGAAAAUGCAGCGAUGGCUCCAGAUUGGAGAGGAGAAAAAUGAUCAAUUCGACUUGUUGACAGUUUUUAUGGUUGAAGAAGAAGGAUCAGAAAUGAGUGCAUUCGGAAAAUCUGAUAAGUUUCUAAGAGACAAAGCUUACAGCUUCAUAGCAGCAGGGAAGGACACUAUAAGCAUCGGCCUGACUUGGUUUUUCUGGCUCAUUGCCACACAUCCAUCUGUAGAAACCAAAAUUUUGGAAGAGAUCAAAGCCAAUUCCCCAACAAGCAGUGAUGGGAACUUGGUCUCUUUUACUGUGGAAGAGCUGAACAAAUUUGUUUACCUACACGCAACCCUGUGUGAGACACUGAGACUAUAUCCUCCAGUACCUGUCAAUAACAAAUCUCCAAUCCAAUCAGAAAUACUCCCAAGUGGCGAUCGUCCUGGUCGAGGCACACGGAUCUUUAUCUCUGUCUAUUCAAUGGGGAGGAAGGAGGAAAUCUGGGGUAAAGACUACUUAGAAAGGUGGAUUUCGGAGAGUGGAAAGAUUAUACAUAAGCCAUCUUACAUGUUCAUACCAUUUGGUGCGGGGGCUCGAGUUUGUUUAGGCAAGGACUUGAGUUUCAAACAGAUGAAGACGGUGGCAAUCAAUGUACUUCGGAAUUAUCAAGUUGAAUUUGUGGAAAACCAAACUGUUUCUGUCAGCAGUAAGUCCAUUGCACUUCACACUGAAAAUGGCCUUAUGUAUUCUACUGCUGUGCUCAAGUACGUCAGGCUGUAA